AGGGCAGCGCACCAGAGUACAACGGUUUCCUGCUCUGACCUUGGGCGUUUCGGUUUGGAACAGAGACUCUGAUUGGUAGUUCACAUCUACAUCUCUGCUCCUAUUGGAUGACCAGCGUACAUUGGCAAUGAGCGGAAGUCUUUCAGUGUGAGCGAGUGUGAGCCAGAGGGACAGAAAGAGGACUGGCCCGUUCAACAGAAGUGCCCCCUCAGGAAAAGUUGUCUGUGGGAAUAGAGUCAGCGCUGGUUAUCACCUCUAAACAAGCACGACAAGAAUGGAGAUCGAGAAAGAAGUUAAAAAGAUAACCCUGGGCCAUGAAAUUGGAGCCGGAGCUGCCUGUCUGAAAUGCAAGGACAAGUGUGAAGGCUUUGAGCUUCAUUUCUGGCGAAAGAUUUGUCGAAACUGCAAGUGUGGUGUUGAAGACCAUGACGUGCAGCUCGAGUCUGAGGAGAAUAAGAAGGUGGGGAAGCUUUUUGAGGACACCAAGUACACAGGCCUCAUUGCCAAGCUGAAGAGAGAUGGCAUCCCGUCUUAUAAAGGCAACCAAGUCACCAUCUGCCUCCCGGAAGCCACCAUCAGCACUGCUACUCCUGUUCCUGCUGCUUCCUUUAUCUCCACCCCCAGUGCUCAUUCUGGUCCUUCCCAGCCUGCUGGUGCCACUGCUGCCCCGGGGGCUGCAGUUCACUCCCCUUCUGCUGCGCCUGCAACAAGCCGUACUGCUGCCCCAGGAUCAGGCCGUACAGCUGCAUCAGCGCCAGGCCAUAGUGUGGUUUCAUCUGCAGCCAUCCCAGCCAAAGUCCCUGUUGCUGCCACUACGGUUGUCCCAACCCCCACCCCAUUGCCUGCCAAAACAGAUGUGGUGAAGUCUGUUACCUAUGAAUGGGCUCCACCUGGGGUCAACCAAAGCUUGGCUCUGCGAUACAUGGAGCUUCUGCCUCCGGAGCGGCGGCCCAUUGCUGGUACGGCAGGAGCAGAUUACCGUAAGAAACAGAUGGCUAAACAGCUUCCUGACCAUGACCAAGACCCUGAGCGCUGCCACGAACUCUCGCCCGGUGAGGUUAAGCAGAUGCAGCAGUAUGUCCGCAAGUACAAGGACGAGGCGCUGGGCAUGGGUGACAUCACCCUGCCAGAAGAGAUGGGACAACAGGCAGGUAGGGCUGGAGAAAGUGGUCCACGAGGCCUCGGGGCAGGAGGGAAGCCUGGUGCUGGAACAACGGGGACGCCAGGAGACAAAGGUGAUGCUGUUGCUACAAUGGGAAAAGUUGGCACCCCAGGGGCUGCUGGGAUUUCACCUGCUGGACCUGUUGGUAACUUCUCAUGUCACCGCUGCCAGCUGCCCAUGAAGCAGGGAGCGCCGGCGGUGUACGCCGAACGGGCAGGCUACGAUAAACUCUGGCACCCGGGGUGCUUUGUGUGCUAUACCUGCACCGAGCUCCUGGUGGACAUGAUCUAUUUCUGGAAGAAGGGUCAGCUGUACUGCGGCCGCCAUUAUGGAGACAGUGAAAAGCCUCGAUGUGGAGGUUGCGACGAGCUCAUCUUCAGUAAUGAGUACACUCAGGCUGAGGGCCAAAAUUGGCACCUGAAGCACUUCUGCUGUUAUGACUGUGACUGUGUGCUGGCUGGAGAGACGUAUGUCAUGGAGAAUGAGAAGCCUGUUUGCAAACCCUGCUACAUGAAGAUCCACGCUGUGUGUUGUGUGGCCUGUCAGAACCCCAUCGAGCCUGAAGCUCAGCGUGUGUCGUACGGGGAGCACCACUGGCACGCCGAACCCCAGUGCUUCCAGUGCUCCUGCUGCUCCAAGUGCCUCGUGGGCCAGCGCUUCAUGGCCAUGCAGGGCAUGCUGCUGUGCUCCAUGGAGUGCAAGAAGAAGAUCAUGGCCUCCUGAAGGAAUAUCUAGGAUCCAUUUUUUUAGGAAAAUGCCUAGAGCACCGCAAGCCUAUUUCUCCCUAUUGCAUUUCACAAAUAUAUACUGCCAUCAUUUUGAGUAAAUAAUGUAUUUGUAUGACCAAACAUAAUUUUCAUGUUAUUCCAAGUCCUUGUUUUUGUAUGAGUUUGGGGAAAUAAUAAGCAAUACAGAGGAGCAGCAAAAGUAAUCAGUGUUGUCAGUGUGACUGUCUUUAAUAUUAAUGAUUUAGUAUUAAUAAACAGAAGCAAUGAUGGCUUUUGUUCUUCGGCUACUGAAAAAUCGAUAUUACUCUCAUAUUUUGCAUCUCUUUCUUAUGUCUAAAAUUGCACUUUAUUUUUUUCCCAUAGCUUUCACUUUGUAAUCCAAUAAAUGUUUUGCAGUAAUAUGAA